AUGAGCCGCUCAGGAACCUUAGUCGUUGCAAUCACAUCACUUGUGCUCGGUGUUUCUGGUUUAGUUUGGACAUCUUGGACAGCAAGUAACAUCCGUGCAAUACUAUUGCUUGCCUCAGCUAUAUUAUGCGGCUGUGUAUACCAGUGUCCGCCAUUUCGAUUAAAUUACCAAGGAUUAGGAGAGCCUCUAUGUUUUGCAGCAUUUGGUCCAUUUGCAACUACUGCUUUCUAUCUACUUCUUGGUACCUCAAGCGAGAUGAGGCAGAUUCCAUUAAGCACUAGGGUCCUUUCAUCAUCUCUCCUUGUUGGUUUUACCACAUCUCUCAUCCUUUUCUGCAGUCACUUUCAUCAGGUUGAAGGAGAUUUAGCUGUGGGGAAAUUUUCACCUCUGGUUCGGUUAGGGACUGAGAAAGGAGCUUUUGUCGUGAGACUGGCUAUUCGUUUGCUAUAUUCCAUGCUUCUUGUUCUUGUUGUUGUGUUUCUUGACAUUACCCAGUAG